UCGUCGGUGAGGGGGCUAGUCCGGCGCCGCCAUUUUGUCCGCCCGCUUGUGAUACCCGCGCUGCGAGCCGUGAGCAGGAAAGAGAGGAUGGGGGAUCAUUACCAUCGGGGCGCAUUCCCACCGGGGCCUCCCAGGGAUUUCCGCAGAGAUGAUCGAUAUUUCGGACCAGACCAUUAUGGCUCUCCAGGAGGAGGAUUUCCACCUCACAACAGACCAGAUCCUAUUAAGCAGGAACGAGACCAGUUUUAUGACAGAAGGCCUUUGGAUCCAGGACCUCCUAUGCCUAGCAUAAAGACAGAGUUUUAAACAGGAGGAACCUGACCCUGGUUACCGGAGCCCAAAUGCAUCUGGUCCUCCACAGUCCUUCCAAAACCGCAAAAGACCAUUUGAGGAAAGAGGGAGGGGAUUCUAUGAACACCGCGAUGAUAGAAGCAGAGCACGGUCCCCACAAAGUCGUGGAACAGAUGAUGAAGAUGAUCCAUUUGAUGAGAGCGUUGUAGUCUUGGAUAAUUAUAACAGUGAUCUGCACUUCAAGCUCAGCAAGGAUCGCACAACAGGUUUCCCACUUACCAUGCAAGGGUUUGCUUACCUGUGGUCUGGAGCUCGGGCAACACAUGGGGUCACCAGGGGUCGGGUCUGCUUUGAGAUGAAGGUUAAGGAAGAAAUUGCAGUCGGGGACCUACCAUCCAAUGAGCCAGAUCCCCAUGUAGUACGUGUUGGGUGGUCUCUGGAUUCUUGUACCACGCAGUUAGGAGAGGAGCCAUUUUCCUAUGGUUACGGAGGAACAGCAAAAAAAUCUAUGAACAGCAAGUUUGAAAAUUAUGGGGAAACCUUUGCAGAGAAUGAUGUUAUUGGAUGUUUUAUUGAUUUUGAAGCACGUGGAGAAAUAGAGAUGUCCUUCUCUAAAAAUGGACGGUAUUUGGGCACGGCUUUCCGUGUGAGCAAAAGUACUUUAGGCGAUCAAGCCUUAUUCCCCCACAUACUAGUGAAGAACUGCUGCGUGGAUUUUAACUUCGGGCAGAGAGCCGAACCUUUCUGCAGUAUUCCACCAGGCUUUACAUUCAUCCAGCAUGUGCCCCCCUAUGAACUAGUACGAGGAACAUCACCUCCUAAGAACAAAGGAGAGUGUGAGAUUGUGAUGAUGGUGGGACUGCCUGGAGCUGGAAAGACAACCUGGGCAAUGAAGCAUGCAGCCGAACACCCUGAAAAGAAAUACAAUAUACUUGGCACCAAUGCCAUUAUGGAAAAGAUGAGGGUAAUGGGUCUUAGAAGACAGCGUAACUAUGCCGGUCGGUGGGAUGUGCUUAUUCAGCAAGCCACAAAGUGUUUAAACCAACUUAUCCAGAUAGCUUCCCGCAGGAAACGGAACUACAUUCUAGAUCAGACCAAUGUCUAUGCUACAGCCCAGCGCAGGAAAAUGCGACCGUUUGAAGGUUUUCAGCGCAAGGCCGUCAUAAUCUGCCCCACAGAUGCUGACCUGCAAGAUCGUAUUGUUAAACGGACAGAUGAGGAAGGGAAAGAUGUCCCUGACUCUGCCGUGCUAGAAAUGAAAGCUAAUUUUGGCUUGCCGGAAGCUGGAGAUUUUCUGAAUGAGGUGGUCUACAUUGAGGUGCAGAAGGAGGAGGCUGAAGAAUUAGUCCGUCAAUACAAUGCAGAGGGAAAGAAGGCUGGUCCACCUCCAGAAAAGAAGUUUAGGGGCCGUGGUGGAGGACCUCCUGGUGGCGGAGGAGGCAGAGGAGAUGGAGGCAGAGGAGAU